AUGGAUUGGCGGGAGAAACUUUUUGGCAAAGUUCUUGUGAAAUGUGAUUCACCGGGUACGCAAAAUGGCCAAUUCGAGAACGUACCUACUUUGGAAGCUCUAGCUGAUUGCGUCGAGGAAGGGGAGGGAGCGGUUUGCGGAAUCUAUUUUUCUUUUGCGAAUAUCAGCGAUACGAGUGAUGAUUUUGGAGUGAGAUUGGAGGAUGUUUAUAAAAAAGUUCAGCCGCGACUUAAAGUGGUUCAAGUUGUUUUAUGGGCACACGUUGGAACACCGGAGGGCCCUGUAGAGCGGGAGACGGGCUUCCGACGGAGCCUGACUGGGAAACCGUGGUUCGCUGUACCCUUUCACGAUGUUGACAUAAAGCGCCGGCUAACUCAGAAAUACAGCAUAGCCGUCGGCGUGCCAACACUAGUCAUCCGUGGUAGAGCAGUCCGGGAUGCCUUGUUGAACGAUCCCGCAGGGGAGAGAUUCCCCUGGCCCGCUCCACCCUUGCAAGACGUAUUGCGUGGAGUACAAUUACAAGGAGAGAGCGGUUCCAAAUUGUUUGAAGAGCUCCCUGGGGACGCUGUUAGAGUGUUUUACUUUGCAGCGCAUUGGUGCCCUCCUUGUCGCACGUUUGCGCCGAGCCUGUGCGCUGCGCUAGCAGCGGUGCGCAAACGCAGAGCGAAGUACGCCAACACGCAGCUCAUACUAGUGUCCAGUGACAGGAGCGAACAAUCCUACAAGCGCACCGUAUCAUCAGUUAGUGCCGCUGGAGCACUUGCUGUCCCAUGGGCGGCUACAGAAGCUCGUAUGGCCUUGCCCACAGCUCUUGGAGUCGCUGGCAUCCCAGCGCUGGUCCUCACCGAUCCGAAUGGCAAAGUGUUCACUGCUAAUGGCAGACAGCAUUUAGCAGCCGACCCACUAGGACUGAACUUCCCGUGGGCGCCUCGUCCGGUAUCAUUACUGACGGAGCAGGCGUUACUCAAGAUAGCACGUCACCCCGCCGUCGUAUUAUUUAUUGAUGACGAGGAUUCAGAAAUAGAAUUUUCGGAAUCGGUCCUAACGCCCUCAGCGGAAUCUUACUACGAGGAAUGCAGCAUCCAAUACCCCGGUUUCUGCCCGUACCAGAACUCCUCCGACGACGAAACCAUGGACUUUGCCUACACUACAUCUCGUUCUAGAGUGAAAAAGAAGUCGUUCAAGCACGUUAUGUUCUACAUUGGCAUCGAUGGUACAGACUGUGCCGACAUGCUUAGAGAACACAUCGGCCUAGACGACGCGGUACCGUUACUUACAGCCAUAGAUUUUCCCAAACAACGGAUGGUCACUAUGAAAUAUGGCGACGAAAUAACCACAGACUCGGUACAGAACUUCGUCGACGCAUAUUUAAGUGGAAACGCUGACUUCAAGCCAUUAAAGCCUUAUACUGAGAAGUGUUAA